AUGAGUAAAAAAUCAACAAAAAGACGUUUGUCAUUUGACGAUAAUGAUUCGUCAAUAAUUGAUGAAAAUUUACCAGGACCAUCAAAACCUACCACAUCAUAUCCUUUGAACGACGAUGAAUUGUUGAGACUUUUACAAGAUUCAGACUUUGAAGAAAACUUUUCAGAUGAAAGUGAAGACGAUAAUGAUGACGAUAACGACUACAUCGUUGAACAAGAUACCGAGGUACCUCUUCAAUCACCAACCCAUACUACAAAAAAUAUUUCUACUGCUUCCUCGUCACAUGACUUACCUACAGGCUCUCCCUCCAUAGUAAUUCAGCCUCAAAAUCAGCAAGUAUGGACUCCUACUCGUAAAAAUGCUCCCUUACUGCCUUUUGAUGGCCCUACGGGUAUGCUUCAGGUUCCAACCUCAGAUGAACCUAUAGAUUUUUUUUUACACCUAUUCACGGACGAUAUUUUCAAUUUGAUAAUUACGGAAACAAAUCGGCAAGGUGAGAUUUUAAGUAGUAAAAGAACAACGCCAAAAGCUCGUAUAAAAAAUUGGAAAAAUAUAACGAGGGACGACAUGGAAGUUUUUUUGGGGUUGAUAUUUCUAACCGGACAUACACCUGCUCCGACCAUCGCUCAUUAUUGGCAAAUAAAUGAUUUGUACAAUUUUAACGUUUUUAGAAAUGCUAUGAGUAGAGACAGAUUUUUAUUAAUUCUAAGAUGUUUACACUUUGCCGAAAAUCCACCAACUGGAGACCCAAAACUUGAUGACCCCCUAUAUAAAAUUACACCAUUGUUUGACCUAUUUCAUAACCGAAUGAAACAAGUAUAUUAUCCUACCAAAGAGUUGAGUUUAGAUGAAUCUAUGCUCCUUUGGCGUGGACGUCUCUAUUUUCGACAAUAUAUUCAAAAUAAGAAACAUAAAUUCGGCAUAAAAUUUUAUGUGCUUACUCAACCGGAUGGCCUUGUCCUAAAGACAAGGAUUUAUUGUGGAUCAAAUGAUCCAAUUGUGGGUGGUAAAGGCCAUGUUGACAAAGUGGUAAAAUAUUUGCUCAGCGAUUAUUGUGGAGUGGGACAUUCCGUCUAUAUGGACAACUUUUAUAACUCCGUUGAUCUUACAGAAUAUUUAUUAGACAAAAAUACAUACGUUACAGGGACUCUUCGUGGAAAUAGAAAGGGAAACCCAUCAGAUGUUGUAAAUAAGAAACUAAAAAAAGGAGAGUUGACAUCUGCAUAUAACAAUAAGGGGAUUUGUGUUAUGAAAUGGCAUGAUAAAAGGGAUGUGGUAAUUAUAUCGUCAGAGUUUGGCGAUGCUAUGCAUGAAUACCGGGCAAGAAGUGGCAAAAUAUCAGUAAAGCCGGAGUCUGUACUUAAGUACAAUGAAUUUAUGGGUGGUGUAGACCGUAGUGACCAACUCAUGAGCUACUAUCCUUGUGAAAGAAAAACACUAAGGUGGUAUGCAAAGGUCGCGUUACAUGUGUUUCAUGUAAUUAUGAAUAAUGCAUAUAUAUUAUAUAAGCAGCAGCCUGGAAAAGGUAACGUCAGAUUGAUAGACUUCAGGGAUUCAGUGAUAAAUAAAUUAAUUUAUAACCAUAGGCCAAAAAUCGUUACUCCAACCCACAAAUCAAACAAACAGGGACUACAUGUCAUUUCGUCAGUUCCCAGAAAUAUAAAAAAUAGACCGAUUAGGAAAAGGUGUGUCAUUUGUACAAAAAAUAAAAAAAGAGUGGAAACAACAUACUAUUGUGACGAAUGCCCCGAUAAGCCAGGAUUGUGCUUAGAUACGUGUUUUAAAAUAUAUCAUGAUUACUAG